AUGGGUUCAAAUAUACUUUUAACGAAACCGCAUAACCUACGGGGACUCCUAGAACCAGAAAGUGACACUACCUAUGAACUUCUUUUAGAAAAGGCAUACAGAUAUCUUCCUCUCUCUUCGUUAUCCCUUCCUUUGAAACUUAAGGUGACCAAUAAAAGAAAAGAAGCCUUCAAUCAAUAUAAAAACUAUAUCCUCCUUAAAGGGCAUAUGAUCGGAAAUGCGAACGCGGAGGUGGCUUCUUUAUUAGUGAACCGGUUUCGGCCGUGUGGGGCUGGAGCAGGGGUACCUGCCCCGAAUGUGGUGGUCGACGCCUUAGUGAACGUCGUCCCGCUGGCGUCGUGUUCGGCGGCGGAAAGCACCUCCGCGGAGUCGCCCUACGCCAUGGCGCUUGAAAAGAUUGCCCGAAGCGGUCCCCCCUCCGGCAAGGACGCCGUCCCGCUCGACAUGACGGCGUUGGAGGAGCAAAUUCGAAAUGUCGUCUCCUUCCCGGAUCGAUUCGCGUCCUAUUGUGCAUCGCUCGAGGAGAAAAUUGACCGGCAGAUCGACCGCGAUGUUUAUCUCGCGAAACUUUACGACACGUUUUGGUUGUUUUGCCUGUUAAAUCGGCCAUGCGAAGGGACGAUCACCUCAAGUCAGCGGGUAUCGCUUCUCUAUGGCUUCGCCAAAGCGGCUGCGAGUCGGUCGAAUUGUAAGGUGUUGUUUGAACGGCUCUUGGGGAUUCCGCUUGCGCAAAUCGCCGAUGAUAAAUGUCUUUUAAAUCACAUGAUCGUAUUCACCAAAGGCAUCCUUUCUGGUUCGCUGAAUGGUAAGUUUUUCACCAAAACGAAGGCGGUCGCUUCCCAAGGGCAGGCCUUGACCAACAAAGUAAAUAGCUGCUGGGGGCGGUGGAUGGAUUUCCUGCUUUGGAUGGCCACGCAAAAAAGUGAGUGGAAAGCCAUGGUAACGCGACUGUUUCUGGGGAUUGUUUUAGUCGAAGGUGAACAUUCCUGCGAUAGCGCGGAACGCGCGGAGGCCUCGCCGCUUUUUAUCGGGGACGAUCUUGUUCGCACCUUUGUGCGGCAAUUUAUGGUUUGCGAUGCCAUCUCGACCCUGUGCACGCCUCGGGUGGGUUUAAAAUUUAUAUUCGAAACGCUCUUUCCGGCGAUUUGGGCCGCCGGCGAGGCGGCCCGUGGGAUGUUGGCGGAGGCGGAGGACCGCGUGUACCGAGCGUGGGACCGCCCCGACCUCGUCCUCUCGGGAACCCUUCCAAUGAACGAGGCCCUGCUCCAUUCGGUGGUGUAUUUCAUGCAGUUCCGAGCCACGCCGUCCGAGCCGGCGUCCUCGGCGGAAAAACCGAAGCUCCCGCCCGCGAUGUUGUCCUUUUUGCUCAACGGCAUCACCCUUCGCCUGGACAGUGUGCACAAGGCCCUGCAGAAGACGGGGAUGGUCGCGGCCGCGGCCUUCGCGAAGCUUUUUGUCGACUCCGCCGAGGCCGUGGAGGGGCUUUUGCAGAACGAGAUGUUCGCGCGGGCCCUGGAGGAGUGGCGGGAGGGGGAAUCCGGCGCGCUUUGCCCCGCCCCUCGCGCCGGGGCCCCGAAGGCGAGGCCGGCAAAAGUCCUCCAACGCACGGAGGUCGCGCACGGCCUGCGCUACCCCGUCGACCCCGACGCGGCGUAUUUAUUCUUCGCCCUCCCCCACACCGCGAAGGCCGCGCGGGAGGAGGCGGGGGCGGGGGCGCUGGGGGUGGCGAACCCCCCCUGGGGCCCCGACCUCGCCCCUUUCGGCCUUCAAACGCUGCCGGAGGACGAGAGCGACGUGGCGAUUUUGCGGACCUUUCGCGCCGCCUACGAGGCGUUGUUGGGCAUCGGCCGAAGCCCCAACGCGCAGCUCCACGAGGUCCAGCAGUCCAUCGAGGCGGGCCUGGAAGGGAUGGGGAGGGCGCUGGGGCCGAUGAAGGAACGGCGCACGCGGCGGCAGCCGUUGGAUUGCGCGGCCCAGGUCAAUCCCCUCCUCCCGUCACUGAUGCCGACGCUGAUGUUGCUCUCGAUCCACGCCCCUGAUCAAAAGCAGGGGAAUCUUUACCAGAAGCGAUUUCUCGUCGUGGUCGAUCUCAUCGUGAUCGCCCCGCGAGCCGCCUUAAGCCAGCUCAGCACGAUGAUUUACGGAAGUAAUUACGCCAUUUACCAGCGGUCCGAGAUGAUCAAGGCGAUUGGCGAGGCCGCCAAGGUCUUGGCCCAGGUCGAAAUCGAGGAAACGCCCGACGCGGCGCCCGACAAGGCCGAACCCAGGCGUAAACCCAUUUACCCCCCGAUCGACAGCCACCCACUCAAAGCCCGGACCUCCUCCAUGGAAGGGAAGAACACGCGGCGAUGGGGCUAUGCGGUGGAGGGCCGAAAAGCGGCCUGGCGCGAUCGCAAGCGCUAUCACAACCUCCUCGGGGACGACGCGGCGUUCUUCCUCGCCUGCCUCCUCGCUCGGAUGGACCGGGAGCACUUUAAAUUCUUCCAAACAACGGACCCCUACACCCCGUCGGAGGUGCUCCGCAGCCUCGUGGUGAUCUUCCAGUCCCUCACGCGGGUUCGUCACGUGGUGGGGGGCCUUUGCGAGGCGCAUUUGGACUUCUUCCUCGCCGUCGCCCGGCAGCAUCCCCACCUGGAGGUGCGAAAGCAGGGGUGGGUGGUGCUGGGGGAGCUCAUGCGAAGCUGGUGUGGGGCUUUUCCGAUGGUUUCCCUCCUGGACGAUCCCUCCUCCUCCUCCUCCUCUUCUUCCUCCUUUGCCAAAGGUAACGCCCGACGCCCCGCCGGGCAUUCAUCGCUGCUGUUGACGGAAUCGUGGAUGGCGGCGUUAGCCACCCUUCAGUUGAUGUCCGAAGAGGCGCGUAGGAAGGAGGAUCCAUGUUGGGGAAUCGCCGUGAUCACGGUGGCCUCUUUAAAUGAUAUUAUUCAGGAGAAAAGUGAUUUUAAUACACUCCAAUCCUCCGCGGGAAACUACAUCCAGGUCUGA